AUCAAAUUCUAGAUAAGUGACCUACAAGUACUUAGUCAUCGCAUCAGUGCUGUUUAGCUUUUAUCCGCUGUCAGUAUCGUCGCUUUACUGAUAAUCAACCAAGUUACACAUGGUCAAUAAUGUCAGACUUAGCAGUAUGCCGAUUUGCUUAUGAUGGAGUAGUGACAUCAGUUGUGAAACUGUUAGAAUCCGAUGGCAAUAAGUCACACGUUGAUCAGGUUCUACUAUUUGGCUACUUAUAUCUCUCUACGUAUUAUAGGCUGGAAGAAAUCCUCUUCACUGGGCAGCGUGUGGCGGUCAUUUAGAAUUGGUGAAAGUUCUUUUGUCCAGAGGAUUUGAUAAAGACAGCAGAGAUCAUUCUAACUGGACUCCUCUAAUGAUUGCUGUAUCUGCUGGUCGAGAAAAUGUAGCUUCCUAUUUAAUAUCCCAUGAGAAUGCUGAUGUCAACGUUGUCAAUUCAACUGGUCAAUGUUGUCUACAUUAUUGUGCGUCGAAAAAUCGUUAUCAGUUAGCUAAACAACUAUUAGAGUGUGGUGCUAAAGCAGAUGUACACGAUUGGGGUGGAAUUACACCAUUGCAUCGGGCUAUUGCUACAGAUCACCUUGAGAUAGCAAAACUUCUUCUGGAGUAUACAAGCAUGGAAGACGACAAUGUUGGCAAUGAAGUGGGAGAGAAUGAAGAUAAAGACACUGGCCGAAUGUAUUCACCACUGGUUAACUUGACAGAUAAAGAGAAAGCAACACCUUUACAUUAUGCGUGUGAAGAAGGCAGUAUACCAGCUGUUAGCCUAUUGGUGAAUUAUGGAGCCUCGUUUACAUGUAAAAAUAAAGAUGAUAAAACACCGAUAGAUGUUGCACCGGACCACCUACGCUUGAAUAUUUUAAAACAAUUUAAAGUUGAACACUGCACACAAUAACAAAACAAAAUUUCGAACCGGUUACAUUUGUGCCCCCUUUCCCUUUUUGCCUUGUUUAUAAAUUUUUGUACAUGUGUUGCAUUUUAUUAUGUGUGAUAUAGAGAGAGAAAGUUGAAGAAGUCCAUUGCUGUGAACUGUUUAAAAUAUACUUUUUAUGUAUAUGA